CAGCGGAUCACCGAUCAACGGAAAGAGCCGAAGACGUCGGCUCUGUUAUGUGAUCAGCUGUGUCCAACCACAGCUGAUCGCAUGCAAAUAAGGAAAUGCCGGUUAUCGAUGGGACAUGUAGACUGAUCAUCAGGGCACUGAUGAUCAGUGUGCCCUGAUGAUCAGUGUAGCCCCAUCAGUGCCACCUGUCAUUGCCCAUCAAUGCCAUCUGGCAGUGCCCAAUGCCACCUGCCAGUGCCAAUCACUGCCACAUAUCAGUGCCUACCAGUGCACAUCAGUUACACAUAUCAGUGCCCAUCUGAGCUGCCUUUCAGUGCCACCUAUCAAUGCCAGUCAGUGCCACCUAUCAGUG